UAUGCCAACAAGCCGAUUACUGAAGGCUACCGAGCCUUGUCUGGCAAUUUGCGUCCGUCUUCUCAUGGUCAAACGGGAGGCGGACACAUGCGUCUGAAGCUGAGGGACAUCCAUGACAGGGAAGUUGUUUUUUUAAUGGACGCUGAAACUUUUUCUGGAUUCAUGUUGUGAGAACUGUAAGGGGAAAGUCUUUGUUUCUAUUGUAAGACUUGCAAUGUGUAGCCUAUGUGUUAUUCAGUAGAAAGCUUAACUUCUCUAGCUGCUGUUGUAUCUUUUGUCUUAUAUAUUUAUAUCUAAGUACCUACAUGUUAUUUUAAAGUCUGUCUAAAUUAAUUUAAGGAUAUGUAUUUGAUGUAAAGUAAUAGUUGAAUCAGACAAUAAAUGAGAAAUGGUAUUUGCUGUAAACUUUAUUAGAAAGUGAAUUUUAUAGUCAGGCCCCAACAAGCUAAAUCACACAGACAAUAUAGAGCUCUCCUCUUAGCGCAGUCUAAAAUGCAAAGUGUAAAAAUGACCAGCCCCUCCAGGAGUAUGGACGACCAGACAAGCAGCGAGACCCCAGCCCUCAAACCAGAGAUACCCAGGUACCGCAGCUGGAGCAGCCUCCGCUUCUCGAGAUGGAGAAGUGGUUCCCAGAGGGCGAGCCCCCCCAGCUCCCCUUCCCCGAAAGGAGAGAAGAAGGCCGAUGUGACCAAGACACUCUUCUCUCUGGUCAAGACUCACAAUGACGACUACACAGCUGACCCCGAUGGCCUACUGGACAUCCACGGGGAUGGCGAAGAAGGUGGCGAUGAGACCCCACAGCGUCAGCGGUCCACCUUCUUCCACUUGCGGUUUGGCUCCAUGCUGCAGCCCGGGGUCAACAAGUUCUCCCUGCGCAUGUUUGGCAGUCAUAAAGGCGUUGCCGCUGAGCAGGCCAGGGUCAAAUCCUUUGGAGUGUGGAUCAUCCACCCCUACAGUGACUUCAGGUUUUACUGGGACAUUGUGAUGCUGCUGUUGAUGAUGAGUAAUCUGGUUAUUUUGCCCUGGGGAAUCACCUUCUUUGAGGACCAGAACACCACGCCGUGGAUCACCUUUAACGUCAUGUCUGACACUCUCUUCCUCAUGGACCUGGUUUUCAACUUCCGCACGGGCAUCCCGGGAGAGGACAGCCACAUCAUCCUCGACCCCAAAGAGAUCCGCAUGCAUUACCUCCGCUCCUGGUUCCUGGUGGACUUCAUCUCGUCCAUACCUGUUGACUACAUCUUUCUUGUUGUCGACCUGGAGUCGCUGCAUGACUCGACGGAUGUCUACCGUACUGCCCGCGCCCUCCGCAUUGUUCGCUUCACCAAGAUCCUCAGUUUGCUGCGCCUCCUCCGACUGUCUCGUCUCAUACGUUACAUUCACCAGUGGGAAGAGAUUUUCCAUAUGACUUAUGACCUGGCCAGUGCUGUGGUGCGUAUAGUCAACUUGAUUGGCAUGAUGCUGCUGUUGUGCCACUGGGACGGCUGCCUGACCUUCAUGGUUCCCAUGCUGCAGGACUUUCCUCCAGACUGCUGGGUCUCCAAAAAUAAUAUGGUGAAUGCUACAUGGCACUUACAGUACUCCUACGCCCUGUUUAUGGCCAUGAGUCACAUGCUGUGUAUCGGAUACGGUGCCCACCCUCCAGAGGGAUUGACCGACGUCUGGCUCACCAUGAUCAGUAUGGUUGUGGGGGCCACCUGCUACGCCAUGUUCCUCGGUCAUGCAACUACCCUGGUCCAGUCCUUAGAUGCCUCACAUCGGCAGUAUCAGGAGAAGUAUAAGCAAGUGGAGCAGUACAUGUCGUUUCAUAAACUGCCGGCGGAUGUAAGACAGAGGAUCCAUGAUUAUUAUGAGCAGCGAUUCCAGGGCAAGAUGUUCGAUGAAGACAGCAUCCUCGGAGAGCUCAGUGAUCCACUCAAGGAGGAGAUCGUCAGCUAUAACUGCCGCGGACUAGUAGCCAACAUGCCGCUGUUUGCCAACACUGACCCUCAUUUUGUGACAGUGAUCCUGACCAAGCUGCGUUUUGAAGUCUUCCAACCUGGAGACUUGAUUAUAAGAGAAGGAACGCUGGGUCGUAAAAUGUACUUCAUCCAGCAUGGUUCUGUCACCAUCCUACCACGUGGCAGUAAGGAGAUUAAGCUCAGCGACGGAGCAUAUUUUGGGGAGAUCUGCCUGUUAACCCAAGGACGACGCACAGCCAGCGUGACGGCUGAGACCUACUGUCGCCUUUACUCUCUGAGUGUUGACAGUUUCAACGAGGUCCUGGAGGAGCACCCUCUGAUGAGGAGGGCCUUUGAGAGCGUGGCUGUGGACCGACUGGGCAGGGUCGCACGCCGACCCAGUUAUCAGCCUCCCUCAGCUGAAUGACUUCCUCAGUACCUUCAGAAAGACGCUCCUGCCAGGAAGGUGGAGGACAUUUGUCAUGUUUUGACUGAACUCGACAACAUAACAAAGAAACCAUCAAUAUAAAUGUUACUGAUUGCUGCUGAUUAUAGUGCUCAGUGAUGAACAACCAGACAAAGAUCCUCAAUUCUAUUUAAUAACACAUUUUUUGCUGCACUUGGUUUAAAAUAUUGUACCUUCACUCAACUUUAUUUUCUUACUUGAAUCUUAAUAAGCUAUAUAUUUUUCUGGUGGAUCUUUUUACACUUUUCAUGUUAAAUCCGUUGUGUAAUUUACGAUCUGUAUGAACAUCCAUAAGAAAAUAAUCACUAUUUUCUUGUUUUUUGAGCAACUGACAUUUUGGAGGUACAUGUGCUUUUUAACCAGAGCAACACCAGCUUUUCCAAAUGUAAACACUGCUAUCUUUAUGACUUGUUUUUCAGUGGCUUGUGCGCUUUCUGAGACUGCAGUUUAAUUGUCCGUGUUGUCAGCUCUACAGGAUAUUGGAAGCACCACAGAGGCACCAGCUGGAUGAUAUAUUAUAAAGCUUUAUGUAGCUCUGAUUCAAAUGAUCCCUCAGAUCUGUAGGUUGCAUCAAGUCAGAGUUUAAUACCAGUGUUAUCAGAGGAUAAGCUGCAGUGAUGUAAUAACCCCCAACUCUACAGAGAAAGGUUGUCCAGUUAUACAUCUCUGGUUAAAUUGCCACAUUUCAUUGUAGUCACAUUUAGAGUUGUAUAAUAGAGAUAAAUAAAAUAAAUAAACUCACCAAUUAAAGAGGUAAUCUGAACCUUUGCAUCUCAACAAUUUAGUAUCCCAUAAUAUCAGGUGUUUUUUUUCCCGCACAUGAAUAUAAGUUACUCUCUUUCCUUUUUAA